AUGAGCGAGCUGACUCCUGAGCCGACGUCGCGUCUGCGUCGCCGCAGCUUCUUCGAAAACAUUGAAAACGACGGCUCGAGCGCAUCGACCGUCGCAGUGAGUGAGAGCGACUUGACGACUGCUGCGUCAACUGGUGGCGCGCUGAGCGACUCAGAGAGCUGCGACACUGGCACUGGGCUGCUAAAACCCGUCAAAGUCGGUACAAACCACUUCAGUAGCCCCAGUGACGACCACGAGCCGGUAAUCCAGCGGUCUCAACUAUGGGCGUGCGCGCAAGUAGUCCUUAAGUGGUUACGAGUCAUCGGGCAGUAUGUGAUCGCGGGCGCACAAGUAGUGGGGACUGCGUGGGCGUCGCGCUUUCCCGCUGCCGCAUCGAAAGUGGACGCGUGGCGACACAGAGCUCUGUGGUGCUUUGUCUAUACCCCAUGCAACUGGAUCAAGCGCUGGCGAGGCGAAGAAGCUGCGGGGCCGGUCAAGUACUGGGUCUACCCGACGCAGUACCUCACGUACGCGUCAGUGAGUCUUUUUCUGCUCGAGAUACUCAUCUACUGCUACUUUUACACUGUUCCCUUGGAGGUCCGCGUUCACGAGUGUGUGUUCCAAGAGCGCUUAUUGGCGUCCGCAAACGAUCGACAGCGUCCGCAGGCAGCUGUUGUGCCCCCCAUGCAGCCUCUUGCACCAUCAGCAGCAGCAACAAAUGCUGCAUUAAAGUACCUCGAGCGACAAUUUGAGCAGCAGUAUAGUUCGGGAACUCGACAACCUGGACAGGCUCGACGCCCUUGGACAUGUUUUGCUGUUAUUGCGACCGACAGUGACAGUGCCACAGCUUUCGAGACAACGGAAUUGGCGUUGUUAUGGCCGCGAAGUCAAGUGGUGACUGCAAGUGCAUUGCACUCAAAAAUUGCAAGUCGCGUGCAUGUGGCAGUAGGUGCUGGUCCACUCGAUAGAAAUACCAAGACGACGGACGUUGCGCGUGCCGGUGUGUUUGCUGCUCUCUUUCCAGUGAGUGCAAUGCGCGCAGCGCUGUUCGCACCGAGGUUUCCGGAUCUUGUGUUGGUAAAGACCGAGUUUGCGCUGCGCCAGAUGCUCAAGAUUCGACAGGGGCAUCAAGAAGAGCGAGAUCAUCGAGGGAGAGCAGGCGCACAUGCGCUGGAUGCGUUGGGGGGUAUGCCGCCGACAGAUCUCGGUGCUUCUGAUCUCGCAGCAAGUCACUUUGGUGUGUACUUGCUGAAAGCUACUGUGCCUGAUAUCUACGACCGACGCGUCCGCAAAAAUUGGGACGAGUUCCUGCAUGUUGUCGUUGUAGGGGACUCGGACAAGGAGAAGCAAUUUACAGAGGAACUGCUAUCUGCAUGGGUGGCCCACCCGACGUGGCCGGUUCUUCAUGUGCGGUUUCAGCGCUCACUAGCGCUCUGCCAGUCAUACCAGCGCCUUUUAAGUAGCCUGCUGAAAGAUUUCGAAGACGAUGUAGAAGCAGCAGCUGGUACAGACGAAGCUGGGGACCGGCUGGAGAGCGUGGACGAGAAUCGGGCCAAAAAGCCAAGGACGCGCAUGCCAAACGUGGACUUGGUGUGCGAAGAAAAAGCCAACGCACCGCAGGAGAUUACAAGACUCAAGAACGCUAUUGGUACGCAUCUGUUUCCAGUGCCACCAGAGCUAGAGAAGUACGAGGUGACAGUGCUCGAAAGCUUAGCGGUCGGCGCUGUCACUGUGACGUACAACACACCGAUAAUGCAGGAGUGGGUACCGGAUAGCUCUGGCGUGCGUGUCGGUGUGUUUGACUACGACAGCCCGGCUGGUGGCGUAGUUGAAGAAAUGCAGGCAGAACCGGAUGCUGCAGACCAGGAUGUAUCCGAUGGAGACAAUGGCUUUGCGCAAAAGGAGCAAGGGCUUGCGUACGGUAGUGCUCUUGCAAAGCUACCAUCAGUGCAUGUGACGCUCGAUGAAAUCGAGCACGCGGUUGAGGAACUAGUGUCGAUGGACCGAGUUAGCCGCGUGGCGGCAGGACGUUUCGCUCGUGUCCACUAUAUGCGUAUGCGGACGCAUUACCUUUCAGCUAUAGCUGCCCUCGAUGCCGCCGUUUGCGAAGGCGAUAGUGAAGAUACAGGUGAACGUCAGAGUGAGAUUGGGCAACAUAGACGCAGGAAAGUCGAGGUCGAAACGCUGCGAGCCUUCUUGUACUAA